ACCCGCACAUCUAGACAGAUUAUCAGCGUGACGUAGUUAAGGAAUAUUACAUGUUUACUAGACCACUCAAAGGUCAAGACAAGCUUUUAAAAUGUGCCAGACAUCGCUGCUACUACUUCUACAGAAUGGAAAUUACAUCACAUUUAGCUGUUGCCAUUAACUUGAUUUUAAUCCUACCAUUAAGUCUGGCUCAACCUACUUUAAAGUUAGUGAGUGUGUUGUAUCGCCAUGGUGACCGUAGCCCUGCUGCAAUCUACCCUCUUGAUAAAAAUAAUGCCACUGCUUGGCCAGAUGGACUUGGCUGGUUGACAAAUAUAGGAAAACAGCAACAGUUUGUGCUUGGUCAGUUCAUUAAAAACAAAUAUAGUGGAUUUCUAAAUACUAGUUACUAUAACCACACUGAGAUUUUGGUCCAGUCAUCUGGAGUAAAUAGGUGCCUUAUGUCUGCCUAUUGUCAUUUGGCUGGUCUGUAUUCACCUCAGGGAGAACAAAUCUGGAAUCCAAACUUAUUAUGGCAGCCUAUUCCUGUGCAAAGUACUCCAACUAAAAGUGACAAUAAACUAGCCCUGGGUGCACCUUGCCCAAAAUAUGAUAAAUUAUUGGCAGAUGUUUUUAACUCUCCUGAAAUUCAAAAAGAAGAAAUGGAAAAUAAGGAUUUUUAUGAAAUGAUUGAAAAGAACACUGGAAUAAGUAAAGAAAAUGUUGAAGAUAUUUGGAAGGUUUCUGAUCCACUUAUAUGUGAGCAAGCACACAACAUGACUUGGAAUGAUUGGGUUUAUCAGUCAGGUGUUUGGGAAAAACUACAAAGUUUAACCAGUCUGAGCUAUGCAGUGUACUUAUACACACCUGAAAUGGCGAGGCUCAAGGGAGGUCCACUCUUGAAAGAAAUAAUCACCAAUAUGCAAACAGCAACUCAACAAGACAAACCAAGCCCUAAGUUUUACAUGUACUCAGCUCAUGACACCACAGUAGCAACUCUUCUGUCUGCCAUGCAUGUAUUUGAUCGACAUGCUCCAAUUUACAAUGCCUUAGUCAUGGUAGAACUACAUAAUAUACAGAGUGAUUAUGUUGUCAAGAUAUUUUAUAAAAAUGAAUCAAAUUCAGAUCCAUAUGAACUUUUUGUUCCAGGCUGCAAUUUACCUUGUAAACUAGUUGAUUUUGUUUCAUUGACCAAAGACACAGUACCUGUUGAUUGGAAUCAAGAAUGUCAGCUACCUGUUUCACAGCUACCUGUUUCACAGAAAAGUGCUGAUACAACAAAGUGUCCAAAUGGUGGUCCAACAAUCUUUCUUUCAACCUGGCUGAUUCUUCUGACCCUAUGGAUCUGUGCUUAACUAAGAUAAUAAAUAAUCUUACUUCACAAUAGAUGUCAAAUUAUACUUUGAAAUAACAACAUUGUUAAAGUUUCAUUCUUUUUUUUUUCAGUUUAGCCAUUCUUUUAAUUAAAAAACAAAACAAAACAAAGUUCCAUUACAUCAUUGAUGAGUAUGUCAGAGAUUUCAGUGAGAAAUUCCUUCAUAUAAGAGAUAAUAAUUAAAAAUUACUAAGUAUUGAAAUAAAAAAAAAUCCUAUUCUUUGUCAUAGAUAUUCAAAUAAAGUAAAUAUUAACAUAACUUAUAAUUCUUCUUUAUACACAAUUUUUAUUCUAAGUUAUUUUUUAUUGAAUUUUAGUGAAUUCUACUACAACUUGAAAAGAUUAAAUACAGAAAACAUAAUUGUUUGAUAACUUUUUGUUUCUAAGAAGAAACAAAGUUUGUGGAGAGUUAUACACAAAUAAACAUAAGUGAUAGGAUACGUAAAAAAUAGUAAUAGCCUGUAACUAUGUAACUUUACUUUAAAAAUCUGUUAAAUGGCCAAAUAAAUUUUAAUUAAAUUUCAAUAUAUUCAGCUAUCGGAAAUGCACUCUUAUCAACAUUAAGCUAAAGUAGAUUGUUCCUCAAUCAGUUUGUAUUAGCUAUGAAAAAUACAACAUCCUAUAAUGUUUUUGUUUAUAAAACAAUAAUGAUUUAGCAUUUGUGUGAAUAAGUAUAUUGUAAUGUCAGAAAUUUGAUGGUCAGGACACUACAUUGACCAUGCAGACUCAUUGACAGUUAACAUUUUAAAGUCACAAUAAUCAGUCUUAGAAAUUUAAUAGCACAUGCAUUUUUUUCAAGUUUUUUUUUAAAAACAUAUAUAUAUAUAUAUAUAUAUA